CAGAUCAGCAGUACUCAUGGUCACCUUCUCAGCACUUCAAUGAAGAAAGAUACUCUCCUGCUCCGAGGAACAUGAAAGGAUUAUCUGGUAGUCGGAACCAACCACAGUUAUGUUCCGCUCAUACUUGUGGCUUAGCAUCCCCUGAAGAUUGUGAGCACACCCACGAUCAUAUCCACCAUGGGCAGGAGCCAAGGCAAUCAUAUCUUCUUAGCCCCACGGAGAGCUGUCCGAUGGACCACCAUCGCUGCUCACCGCGAAGCUCCAUCCAUUCUGAAUGCAUGAUGAUGCCCAUGGUAAUGGGAGAUCACAUGUCUAGUAGCACUUUUCCCAGAAUGCACUACAGCUCACAUUACGAUACUAGGGACGAUUGCGCCAUGUCUCACGCUAACACUAAGAUUAACCGAAUCCCUGCAAAUCUCUUGGAUCAAUUUGAGAAACAACUUCCUCUCCACAGGGAUGGGUUUCACACUUUACAAUAUCAGAGGACCUCAACAGCUGCUGAGCAACGCAGUGAAAGCCCAGGAAGAAUACGCCAUCUUGUUCAUUCAGUCCAGAAACUGUUCACUAAGUCUCAUUCUUUGGAAGGAUCAUCCAAAGGCAAUGUCAACGGGACAAAGGGCGACAGUCGAGGGGACGAUCAUCAUCACGGACAUCAUUCCAAGCAUAGCAAAAGGAGUAAAAGUAAGGAGCGAAAACCAGAAAGCAAGCAUAAAUCUGGAAUGAGUAGCUGGUGGAGUUCUGAUGAUAAUUUGGACAGUGAUAGCACUUACCGAACACCCAGUGUGGUAAAUAGGCAUCAUGCAGAUCAUAUCUCGCACUGCUACCCCGAAGCUCUCCAGGGGCACUUUGGGGAUCUCUCAUUAAAGACUUCCAAAAGUAACAAUGAUGUGAAAUGUUCAGCUUGUGAAGGGCUGGCAAUGACCCCUGAUGGUAAAUAUAUGAAAAGGAGUUCUUGGUCUACACUUACAGUAAGUCAGGCGAAAGAAGCUUAUCGUAAGUCAUCACUUAACCUCGAUAAGCCACUGGUUCAUCAGGAAAUCAAACCUUCCUUGAGGCCAUGCCAUUACCUUCAGGUGCCUCAAGAUGAAUGGGGAGGAUACCCCACUGGUGGUAAAGAUGAGGAGAUCCCCUGCAGGAGAAUGAGAAGUGGAAGCUACAUAAAAGCCAUGGGAGAUGAAGAAAGUGGAGAUUCUGACACUAGCCCUAAGACAUCACCAAAGGCAGCAGCCAGGCCAGAGUCAUUAUUAAAAUCCAUUGGACAGAGGCCACUUGGAGAUCACCAAAAUCAGAGCUACCUUCAAGCUGCAAGUGAUGUGCCUGGGGUUCACAACCUGGAUCCCUCUGCCAACUACAAUUCUCCAAAGUUCCGUUCAAGGAAUCAGAGCUAUAUGAGAGCAGUGAGCACACUUAGCCAGGCCAGCUGUGUUAGUCAGAUGAGUGAAGCAGAGGUUAAUGGGCAAUUUGAAUCGGUGUGUGAAUCAGUGUUUAGUGAAGUUGAAGCUCAGGCAAUGGAUGCCCUUGACCUCCCAGGAUGCUUCCGAACAAGAAGCCACAGUUACCUGCGUGCCAUUCAGGCAGGUUACUCCCAAGAUGAUGAAUGUAUCUCUGCAAUGGCAUCUUCCAACAUCACCUCAACUAUCAGGUCAACCACAGCUGUAACUUACACAAGUUACAAAAAAACACCGCCACCAGUACCCCCUCGUACUACUUCCAAGCCACUAAUCUCAGUUACAGCACAGAGCAGCACAGAAUCCACCCAAGAUGCAUAUCAUGAUAGCCGGACUCAGAGGAUUUCCCCGUGGCCUCAAGAUGGUCGAGGGAUGUACAACUCUACAGACAGUUUGGACAGUAACAAGGCCAUGAAUCUCGCCUUGGAGACCGCAGCUGCACAACGUCAUGCUUCUGAGAAUCAAAGCACCUCAAUACGAACCAGUGACAAGGCCAUUUUAGUGACAAAAGCAGAGGAGUUUCUUAAGAGUCGACGUUCCUCUAUAGGGAUUCAGGUGGAAACGGCAACUGAUUCAGAUACUGAGAGCAGAGGCCUACGAGAAUACCACUCUGUUGGAGUCCAAGUGGAAGAUGAAAAACGACAUGGACGGUUUAAGCGCUCAAAUAGUGUAACAGCAGCUGUACAGGCUGAUCUAGAACUGGAGGGUUUUCCUGGACACAUAACAAUGGAGGACAAAGGACUUCAGUUUGGUUCAUCAUUCCAGCAGCAUUCAGAACCUAGCACUCCUACCCAAUACAGUGCAGUAAGAACUGUACGGACACAGGGACUGUUCAGUUACAGAGAAGAUUAUAGGACCCCAGUUGACACCUCAAAUCUUCCACCACCAGAACCCUGGCUGGAGCCAGCCAUUGAAACAGUAGAAACUGGUCGAAUGUCCCCUUGUCGACGAGAUGGGUCUUGGUUUAUGAAGUUGCUACACACUGAAACUAAGAGGAUGGAAGGAUGGUGUAAAGAGAUGGAGAGAGAAGCAGAAGAAAAUGAUCUGUCUGAAGAAAUUCUAGGUAAGAUCCGAAGUGCUGUUGGAAGUGCUCAGCUCCUUAUGUCUCAGAAAUUCCAGCAAUUUUAUUGGCUUUGUCAACAAAAUCUGGACCCCAGUGCCAUGCCAAGGCCAACUUCCCAGGACCUAGCAGGAUUCUGGGACUUAUUGCAGCUUUCAAUUGAAGACGUCAGCAUGAAGUUUGAUGAACUGCACCAACUGAAGCUCAAUGAAUGGAAAAUAAUAGAAUCACCUGAAAGGAAGGAAGAAAGGAAAGUUCCUCCUCCAGUACCAAAGAAGCCCCCAAAAGGAAAAUUCCCAAUCACAAGAGAAAAGUCCCUGGACCUACCUGACAGACAGCGUCAAGAAGCCAGAAGACGGCUAAUGGCUGCUAAGAGAGCAGCCUCUUUUCGGCAGAAUUCAGCUACAGAACGAGCAGACAGCAUUGAGAUAUAUAUCCCAGAGGCCCAGACCAGGCUUUAAAGACAGAAUGCUGCAGUUUCCUUUUUUAAAAUGAAAUGCUUGUACAGUUUGUCACUUACCUGGUAAUUUUUGUCUCAUUCUCUCCACUAAAUAUGCCCUUGCUGUUGUGUUCUUUGUGCCAUAAGCACAGUGGAAUGCUUUUGAUUUUCUCAGAAUUUGCUGAGUUCAUUGCAAGAACAACUUCUUUUGUAUUUAUUGUCUGACUUACAAUCAGCUACAAUGGAUAGGGCUUGUUGAGACCUGACUUAUCCAAUAUGUUCUCAGAGGACAACAAGAAACACCUCUUGAGAUGGAACCCAGCUUACUUUUUUGUUAUUUAUAUUUUUAUAAAUUGUGUGAUAAUUAGGAAUAAGAAUAACAAACUAUAAAUGGGUGCAUCUCACCAUUCACUAGAGGCAUUAGCUAAUCCAAGUAGAAGGUGCUACAAAUGUAAAGAGCAGGAAAGAAAGAACCCAUUUGUAUCUCUGACCUCCAGUUUCUUUUCCUUGAACCCAACUAGAAUAUUUGCCCAUGUGCUCUGCCAUUCUACGCAUCUUUGUUACUGCAAAAUAACAUUAGGCAUCUUAUGUCAUAUCAAGUUUCUGGAGAUGAACAGGGAUAUCCAGCCACUAAAGCUCCAAAGUUCAUCAGAAACCAAGAAGCAUACAAGUCUGGUCCUAUUGGGAAUGCCCAGUGAGAAAUGUUUGCUUGUAUUAGUAUAAUGGCAUGCAGAAAUCUAAACAAAAUUAUAAUGCAAGAGGACUUGAGUGAUGGGUGAAAGGAAAAUGGAAGCCUUAAAAUGUUAUAUCUACUGUAGCAAGAUGUGUAAAGGAAAAGUUAUAAUUACUCCUUUGGAACACUCAUUGCAUUUCAACAGUUCUUUUAUGUGUUAGCAUUUAUUUUACAAAUCUUCUCUCCUUAAUUUCAAGAGCUAUGCUACAUGUAAUAUUUCAAACUCUGAAAAUGCUAUAUCAAUUGAGUUUCCAGGGUAUCCUUGAACAAAAAUCUUGCUUGUUUAAACUGCCAGUUGUGAUGUUGUAACCAGUUUAAGAAAUAUGAAUGUGAGUGGUAAGUAUAUCUAAGUUUAAAUGGUUAUGUUAAGGUAAAGGUGAACUGUGGUUUACAUUUGUAUUUUUUCAGAACUCUUUUUCCUAUGCAGUAUCAGUUAAGGCAAGAAUAAGUCUCUUGCUUGCUUCAUAAGUAAAAAACAAAAAACAAAAAACAGGAGUUAUGUGACUUCCAGCCAUGGAAUACAAGAAGAGAAUUUUUUUCAAGCCUCUGGUUAUUACACCAGAAAAACAGAAACCACUACAACUAAGAGGCUUUUAAUAUUAAUUUGAAAUAAAUUUAGAUAGUAUUAUUUCACUUCAUCUACCUUCCCCAAGGUAAUUGGGCAUCUCAGCUCUGAGAAGUCUUCAGGUGGAGACGAACUAAAAUACAAAACUCACAGAUCCUGAUGGCAAGGUUCUGAUUAUUUUGUUAGGUCAAAAUAGUAUUACCACAAUGAGACAGUCCCAAAUAACACAUUUCUGUUUACCUGCUUUAACAAAUACUAUGUACUUAGCCAUAGGCAGAACAGCUAUUUAAUUAUACUCUAGCACUUUGGUUCUUCACCUUGAUGAGCACUUUAAAUAUAUAUUCUGCAUACCCUGCAGCCCACCACAUGACUGAGAACAUGAAGUAUUGUAGGUGAUGCAGAUGAUAUGACAUUUCUUCAAAUCUGGGUUUUUUCUUUUUCUUUUAGUUCCUUCUUCAGUGGAUUUUGUUAAGCAUGAGUUCUGUUUUUGGAGCACAGCUGAUAAAAGCAUAUUUAGCUUCAAGAUAUGAAUCUUUAGAGUUGAAUAGUGGAGAAGUUUCUGUAAGGGAAAAAAACCCUGAAAUUAAGCUUGUUAUCUGGUAUAUAUUUUACCAAAUAGCCUUAAACUAUAUUUGGAAGCAAAAACAAAGACGAAUGUAUAUCCUUUUGAAAAAAAUACAAAAAAAAAAGGGAUUAACCCAAUCCCACCUAAAGUAUUCUUCUAUACACAUAAACAUUAGACCCUGACAUCCCCCAGUGUGUUCAUGCCAUUUUCUGUAUGGAAAGAGCUGAAUCCUGGGUAGUGUACAAUACUUAUGUGACAACCUCUCUUUGUCAUACUAUUUUAAAUACAAACAUGUUUGCAGGCAUUGGCAUCUUUAGGCUUUAAAAAUUGUAUUUUAUUUAAAUUGGAGCAGCUAAAUAGAAAUAUCCAAUGAAAAUAAAGCCAGUGUAUUUCCUCGAUGUAGGAAAUUUAAAAUAGAUUUAUAUACUUAUGUACACUUACGGCAGCUGAUAUGUUUUAUCUGAUUUUGUUGGAUACUUCCAGGUAAAAUUGCACUUGUCUUACCCAAAUAAUCCCAUCUAAGACAAUGGGCCAUGUGACUAAGACAAAUGGCAUUUGAGCCUAUCAGUAUUCAGAACUUCUAAAGGCAAAUUUUAAUAAUUAAACUGUAACCUUGAUCCCAGGUUUAAGUUAUCGUGUUGACUUGCAGUAAUCCAUAAAAGUUUAAAUUUUACAUGUUGAUACUUUUUUGGUAUUUUAUUAUUUUGCUAUUUUAUCACUAAACUGGAUGCUAAUUGUCAAGCUGUGGGAGCAAGUCAAACCCUUUUUAUUUUCAAUGUUCAUGCAAUGAUGGGAGUAUGUUCAGUGUGAAUCUUUGGAUAUCUUAGAUUCCUUAUUUAUUCUACCUUGGUUCCAAAGAAGAAUAAUUAAAAGUAAAAUAGAUAACUACUGCUAAAUAUGAUAAAAUGUUUUCUGUGCAUUUUAUGUUUUUAAAUGCAAUAAAUUAAAUGUGUACAGGUAACAUUCUAUCAAUAAAGGUAGAUAAUAAGCCAUGUUUAUCUAUAUAAUGUACAUCUAAUUAAUUAGCUAAGAAAAAAUAAUUGGUGUUUAUAAUACUUGUGUUUCAAAUCAGCCCAGUUCAAUGUGCUUGAAUCUUUGUUACUAAUACAAAAUAGUAUCUUCAUAAGCCUUCAACGAUUUCAUUUCGAAUCUCUCUCUUCAUCACACAAGUCAAAUUGAUUUCAUACUAGUAUAAAAUGGGACAGUAUUACAGAGCAACAAUGCAGGAGAAAAUUAAAUAAAUUAUCAUUUUUCCACGAACGUAAUAGUUGAAUACCUUUUUAUUAGAGACUUCGUGCUAUACAGAUUUGUAGAAAAAAGUUAGGAGUCAAAAUCAUCAUAAUACAAAAACAUCUUGCCUAAAUCAGAAAACCUUUGUUGCAACUUCAUUGUCCAUAAAACACAAGUAUAAUAAACAGAAUUCUCAAGAGUACUAUAAUUGACUUAGGAACAUAACCUGAAUGGUUUAAGGUUCAAUAAGGUUUAUACUUAUUUCUUGCUUUGUAUUUUUUUUUCAUUUGAAAGUUCAUAGCACUUUUGUGGAGUAUGUUACAAUGCAUUUUAUUAUUUAUUGACAAACUGAUUAGAAUGGUCUUCAGCAGUGUGUAAAGACUGAAAAUGUUGUACAGUUUAAUGCCAAAAAAGAUAUUUUAGUUCAUGAUUAAUUUUUAAAUCAAUUACAGCAGAAUUAAAGCAUAAAUAGGUGUGCGGAUUUCAUACUUAGAAUGCACUUCAUGUUACAGAAGGUUUUUUUUCCAAAAUAAUCAUCACUUUUGCUGUAUCAGUAAAUAGAUGGUCUAAUUCUUAUUACUUUAACUCUGCUUAGACAAUGAAGUGAGGAAGUUGUUACUCAAUUGGUGAAGCUGAAAGGGAUAGUAAUUACUACUAAGAGACUGUGUGCCGUUGUUGAGUUAUUGGCCCUUGAUAGAUCAGCAAUCUCUCAAAAUCCUUCUCUGACUUUUCAAUAGUCCCCCUUUCUUCCUGGGCUGCUUUGCACAUUUUUCCACACAUGACAUGACCCAGUUCUGUGGCUUAUCACCAACUCUUCAGAACGACAGGCUUUCUACUAGGUCCCCCUGUCCUAUUCUAAUGCAGUGCAGCAGUUAUUUAACUGGGUAAUUAUACUAGUUCACUAAGGACCAAAUUAUUCCUGGUUACUUUUAUACAACACACUCUGAGACAAAUACUUUUGAUGUUUUCACCUGCACUACACCAUUAACAUCUGGGUAGAGCCUGGGCCCAUCUGGUUGCUUGCAUGUUGUACAUGUUAAUCUUAAGGCUAAAUUUGGCCUUCAGGCUAUUAGAUACACCUGCCUACUUUAAUAUGGUAUGAAAACAUAAAAUCAAGUAUGAUAGAGGCUUUAGAAAUGCUGAUUUAAAGUUUAGAUUAAAUGUUGAGCAGUAGUCAGUUACCCUUCUGCACUGCUGCCAGAGCAAAUUAUUACUUAAUGAUAACACAAGUAAAUUGAGAUUCAGGUGACGAAUAUCAGUAAAUCCUUUAAUAUUCAGAGUGGUGCUUCAAGGUGUAUGGCAGUUUGUCAUUUGCAUUUAUAUAGUGCCUUUCACCCAGAAGGAUCUCAAAGCACUUUACUAGCUGAUUUUCUAAUUAUGGGCCAAAUUCUGGUUUAUGCAAGAAAAGUGGUAUAACUAAUCCCACAAACUGGUACCCAUAUAAAAACAGAACAUGGCUUGUAGGUCUGUUAGAGACAAGGGCACUGCACAUGUGGUUUUCAUCCCCUCCACCCAGAAAGGGAUCCUUCUUUUAUAUGAUCCUAUCAGAGUCCUGCAAAGGCUGUCUGCAUGGUCCAUUGUCCGAGCUGAGGAAAGAGAAGGAAACUGAAUAGGCCAAGAUAGAGAUGCAGGCAAACAAAUGUGGCAAGGGCAGUACAUGUCCUUCAAGAAAUUGGGCAAAAAAGAUGAUGGGUCAUAUUAACAUUUAAGAAUAGCCCCUUCCAAUAAUCUUGGGAGCCAUGGUGGUUAGGGGAGCUAUGCUACUAUGUAAAUGUCUGAUGGAGUCAAGGCUAGCAUGGAGGCAUAGAUGCUGUGGGGCAUGAAUGGCUUGCCCAGUUUUCCUACUUAUAUCCUCAGCCUUUUUCAUUGAAGGAUUCCAUACUCUACUCCCAAUGGAAUAAUGUGGUAGAAUCUGAGUUUCUUAGUAGAUAAUUCCACCACCAGAGAUCCCUCUCACCUUUCUGUCUGUCUUUCCUUCUUUUCCUUUUUCCUUCCUUCUUUCAGAAAGGAUGAUCUGAACAAUAGGCUGCAAGGACAACAUUCAUGUGUGAGUGUAUGAUAGAUGAAACCUCCCCUAUUCACUGUCCCCACUGUAUGCAUUGUAGUCAGUCCAAAACUAGGAAUGGAAUUGACUAAAAAUAUAUUAAAUUUGUGCACAGGGACAUUGGUCAUGCCCUGUUAAAAUUAUAAUGGCUCCUCUUAUGAUCUAUGGGACAAUCUCUUUGCAAUACUUAAGGAGGAGGGGACAAACUAAGGGCAAGUAUUUUCAACCAUAGAUGUCAUAUCCAGGCUGUAUUUUUGUGCUGUGUUUUAUGGCAUACUCAUGUGCAUAAACAAGCUUGUAACUAAAAUCAAAGCCUGUAUAAUCAUAGCAAUCUUUUAGCUAGUCACUGAAAUUCACCUGCCUUCAAGGUGAAGCGUAGCAGUUGUUAAACAGAGAUCUGAAACAUGGCAUACAAUGUGCCCUAGACAAUAAGGCCCAGAUUUCAAAAGCUUUUAGGUGCCUUAUUACUAUUAGGCAAAAUUGCCCAACGUGGAAUUUGGCAAGGGUACUGAGACAAUGAUACCUUCUUUUAUUUAUGAAAAAAUUACCUAUAAUCCUUAAUGACUAUAAGAAGCCAGAUCACCCAUUACAUCUGAAAGACCGAUGCCAGACUAAGCAUGUAAUGCAUUUCAUGAGUUGUGGUGGCUGGGAAGGACUUAAAGUUCUAAUAUCUGCCCAAAAUUACAUGGGCAUGGCCCAUGAUGGUAGGGGUGUUCGCUACCAACCCUGAAUAUUCCUGCAGCUCUCAGAAAACCUCCAAAUGAAAACUCUGGAACAGCUCUGGGUACAGGUUCCACUGCCAUCAACUGAGGACAAAAUUGGAUUCUAUGGCUGUCCCCCCAUCAGUGGGAAUGUGCAGUUUGUAGCACCUCAAAGCCUUUUGUGGUGCCACAAAAUGCAUGCAGUGCUUCUGAAUCCGUUCGCUAUGCUGCAUUUUUGCAGUGCAGCAGCAAAGUUAGAUACUGGGAAAUCCCAGUAUGUAAAAAAAAAUGCAGCAGAAAAAAAUGGGGUGGCAUACAUGGCUGCAGCAUGCACCACCAGAAAACAGAGCCUUGCUAGCCAGAGCCAUGCUCUAACUGCCAACCAGGCUCUGCACACCAGGAUCCUCACUGCUGCUGCCUGGGAGGCCCUCAGGGCCCCAGAUAAGGCUGUUGGGGCCAGCCCAGGUGCUGGCUCCAGCCUUCCCUACCCCACCCGGGGCAUUUUGCCGUGUGCCAAGGGUGUGCCUGUGGGCAAAUAGCAGCAGCCACUAUUUGUCCCCAGGGAAAUGCACAUUCCCACUCAUGGGGAUGUGCCCUAUAUGUCAGAUUCUCAGCUGGGGUGAGUCAGCAUAACUCUACUGAAGUUAACAGAACUACACCAACUAAGGCAUACUCCUUUGAAACAAAACAUUUUAUACUAGGAAUGAAGGAUGUUUAUUUAAAGACAUUAUCAUUAGUUUCUCAUAGACAUUUUAAAAAUCUGUAUGAAUUUUCCUGUCCUUUUCUAGCCUUUCAUUCAACACAGCUUUCUCCAUCCUUGGAGCUAAAUUGACACAAGAGCUUCAGAUAUUUUAGAUGAAUGCCUCUUGACUAUGAAAGAUUUACACUAGCAUAAUUUCAAUCAAUAUCUGACUCAGUGGGCACAUCUACAAGUGCAUUAAUGUGCUUUUCUUAAUGCACAUUAAAUUUAGUAUCUCUAAUGUGAGCUACUAAAUAAAUAAACAUUAGUUUGUCCUAAUAUGAAGUACUGAAAGCGCACACUUUUUUAGUGAUGCUUAAUGCACAGUAGCCUAUUUUACUGUGCCUUAGCAUAUUUGCACGGAUUUUUACGUGAUGUUUUAAUGCUCAUUGAAAUAGGCUACUGCACAUUAGAGCACACAUGUAGACACACCCAGCAUAUUCUAUUAAGUUAAAAAACACUUAUUGUGGGAGUUAGCUGCGGCAAAGUCUUUUGAUAGUAGAUGUUAUUCCCUUUCAAGUAGGUCAUAGUCACUACUGUGAGUUCACCAUGGGUUUUAGUAGAUUCAGGUCUAUGAAUGCAGCCUUCUCAUAUUAACUUCUCAUAUUAGCUUUGUUUAUAAUUACCUAUGGAAUCCACAUACUCAUACUCAUGCUUUGAUUUACCCCUUGGAGGUUUAAUAGUAUGGCCAUCUCACUUUAAAAGGGCUCAGCAUGUAUGUAUUCACUUAAUAUAUUGAUUUUCCUGAACUAACAAAAUUGACCUUAAAGUCUGGCUUAUACUGCUCUAGAACUGUUCUUUCCUAAAGCAAAGCCACUAUGAUUGUGCAGGUUCUUCUGCACAGAGAAAAAAUUCAUACAUUCAUUGACCAUAUAACAUGCCAAAAUAUUCAAGUGUGGCCUAAGGACUAAAUUAAAUGCCUCCUAUAGAAUUUCAAGGAAUGUUAGAACCAGGAAACUAGCUGUUUAGUUAACAUUAAAAUAUAUAUAUAAAUAUAUAUAAAUAUAUAUAUAUACAUAAGAAAUCAUAUCAACAAUGAGGAUGAACUGAGUGCCAAAUAUUCACCAUUUGUACAAAGCUACACUUCACUAGAAUUAAACUAUUUUAUGUAAUUCUCUUUCUCAUGCUUUUAUGGUUCUUUUGAUAAAUUCUAUUUAGUAGCAUGCAGGAUACCUAAAUUGAAUGUACAGUAUGCUAUUUCAUUGCUACAAUUAUUUCUUGCUUCUCAGUAAUAUCUUCUUUACCAGAAUGUUACUUGUUACUUUGAAGACACACUUGAGAAUUGUUUUAUUCUUGAGUUUUUAUUUUUCAUGAUUCUCUACUCACCUCCAGCUGAUUGUAAGAAAAUGUGCUUCACUAUUUUGCCCCAUGGCUCUUUUAUGAAGCUGCCUCUUUCAAUUGGUUUAUGUAUUGUUUAUGUUCAUCUUCUGUAAAUAAUUCUGCAAUUAAAUUUUUUGAGAAAAGUG